AUCUUUCAACUUCCACUAAUUCACUAAAAGAAAAAAAAAAAAAAUCCUUACUUUAAUUUGCAUAUACUAUGAGCUUCUUCAAAGAGCACUUGGCAUCAAUGACUCGGUGUUUGGUUUUGGCCAUUGCCCUCUGCAUGGCUGUGGCCUCAGGAGCAUCAAAUAGCUCAGCUGAUGAGGUUGCUCUAUUGACAUUGAAAGCGGCAAUUACGUCUGAUCCCUUUCGCAUCUUCUCCAACAACUGGUCUCAUCAUACUCCAUACUGCGAUUGGAUUGGUGUCACUUGUAGCGGUAGGCACCAAAGAGUGACCCAAUUGAAUCUCUUCAAUAUGGGUCUCAACGGCACCAUUCCUGAGGAGAUUGGUGGCCUCUCAUUCCUUAAAACUUUCAACAUCAGCAGCAAUAGUUUCCAUGGCCAUAUCCCAAAAAGCAUUGGAUUCUUGACCAAACUCCAGAGUUUGGACCUGUCCUACAACGAUCUCACUGGAAACAUCCCCGCAACUAUAUACAACAUUUCUUCUUUGCGAUUUGUAGUCAUGGAAUACAAUAGUCUCUCAGGGAUGCUCCCAGGAGGCAUUUGUGAUAACUGCAGGCAGCUACAAGGCUUGUCUCUUAGAUCAAAUCGAUUGAGUGGUCAGAUUCCAUCAAGUAUAUACAAAUGUGCGGAACUAAGAGUUUUGAGUUUAGGAGAGAAUGAAUUCCAUGGAAGCAUACCACCUGAAAUUGGCAACUUUUCCAAGCUCGAGUGGUUACUGCUAAAUGGUAACAAUUUGACAGGAGAUUUGCCUUGGACAAUCUUCAAUAUUUCAUCUUUAAUAGUACUCAACCUUCAGUUGAAUGAACUCUCUGGAAUUCUUCCAAAUGACCCCUGUUAUCUCCUUCCACAAUUGGAGAUGCUGGCUAUUGCCGUAAACCAUAUUCAUGGAGAAAUCCCUCAAGCUCUAUCCAGUUGCAGGAGACUUGAAAUACUUGCCAUGUCUGGCAGUCAACUCUCCGGAAGAUUCCCUACUCAAAUCUGCAACAUAUCAUCUCUUCAGAGGCUUUAUCUUGCAGGGAUGAACUUGACAGGAAACCUACCAAAUGAAAUUGGGAAGUUGUCAAGGCUUAGAGAUUUGAGAGUUUUUGAUAACCGGUUGACAGGUAUGAUACCUCCUUCAAUUGGAAAUCUUUCGGCUUUGGAGAUUUUUGUUGUUGCAGACAACAAUUUGGAUGGUAAUAUUCCCCUAGAGUUUGGAAAGCUUUCAAGUCUUCAACAACUGUCACUUCGAUCAAAUAAUUUUAGUGGCAAUAUACCAUCCUCAAUUUUCAACAAUAUCUCUGGAUUACAGUUUAUUGAGAUGUCAUUUAAUAAACUUUCUGGCAAUCUUCACCAAAGCCUAAGAAAUUGGAUGUCCCCAAGUCUCAUAGAAGUUUAUAUCCAAUUUAACCUAUUCACCGGAAGCAUUCCAAGCUCCAUAUCAAAUGCCUCCCAACUCGAACGCCUUGAUCUUGGGCAUAACAUAUUAAGUGGCCAUGUACCUUUGGUAGUUGAAAAUUUGCACCAACUUCAAUAUUUUGCCAUAGAAAACAACCAAAUCACAAAUGAUCCAUCAGCCAAUGAUCUAAGCCUACUCACUUCAUUGUUGAAAUGCAAGGAUUUGCAUACAAUUAUUUUGACUGCUAAUCCGCUCAACACAGUUCUUCCCAACUUGUUAGACGUAGGCAAUAGUACGUCUUUGCCACUGAAAAUCUUGUAUGGUGAUUAUUGUCAAUUUAGAGGCAGGAUUCCAAGUGGAAUUAGCAACUUUAGUAGCUUGUAUGAUUUGGAUUUGGGUAACAACUUGCUCGUAGGUUCGUUUCCUAAAACAUUGGGACGUUUGCAGAGGUUACAAGGUUUAAAGCUUGGUAAUAAUGAACUUGAGGGUUCACUACCAAAAACUUUGUGUUAUUUGAAUGACUUAUCUGAAAUGAAUCUUGGAAUGAAUGAGUUCUCGGGGAAAAUACCAAGCUGUUUAGGUAAUGUAUCUUCUUUGAGGAAAAUAUAUUUAGGUUACAAUUUAUUUACAUCUGCAAUACCACUUGGGUUCUGGAACAACAAGGAUGUCUUGGAGCUGGACUUGUCCUACAAUUCUCUUAGUGCUCCCCUGUCUCCUGAAAUUGGUAGUUUGCACAGCAUUGUAACAUUAGAUUUGUCAGGCAACCAAUUUUCAGGAGAAAUUCCCGACGCCAUUGGCCAACUCCAGAAUUUGAUUACUCUUUCUCUAUCAUCAAAUAGGCUUCGUGGUCCUAUUCCUCAAUCAUUUGGUAGUCUGUUAAGCUUGCAACAGUUAGAUUUAUCUAACAACAGCCUCUCGGGUGGUAUUCCAAAGUCGAUGGAGAAGCUCAAGUAUCUCGUGUACUUGAACAUGUCUUUCAAUGAACUUAGUGGUAAAAUUCCAGAUGAUGGACCAUUUGCAAAAUUUAGCAUGGAAUCAUUCAUGGGCAACAAGGAAUUAUGUGGAGCUUCUAGGUUCCAUGUCAUGCCAUGCAAAGAAGGUAAAGAAAAACCGAGAAACACUGCCAUAUUUCACAAGUAUGUUUUGCCAUCUCUUGUAUCAGUGGUUGUUGUUGUUGCUAUUCUAUUGGUUUUGUCGCUUACGUUUUGGAAGAGAAAUAAACGAAGGGCACCCCAAGUUGAGAAUUCACUUGAUGUUGCCCUCAAGAGGAUUUCAUACUAUGAAAUCCUUGGUGCUACAGAAGACUUUGAUGAGAGCAACUUGAUUGGGAGGGGGAGUUUUAGCUCAGUGUUCAAGGGCACUUUUGUUGAUGGGGUGAUUGCUGCUAUAAAAGUCUUCAAUUUGGAUGUGCAAGAUUCAGUCAGGAGCUUUGAUGUAGAGUGUCAAGUGCUAAGGAAUAUUCGGCAUAGAAAUCUUGUCAAAGUAAUAACCAGUUGUUCCAACCUCGACUUCAGAGCUUUGAUUUUAGAGUAUAUGCCCAACGGGAACCUGGACAAAUGGCUCUAUUCACAUAAUUAUUUCCUAGAUAUUUAUCAGAGGCUAGGAAUAAUGAUGGACGUUGCGAAUGCGCUCGAGUACUUGCAUCAUGGCCAUUCUUUUCCAGUGGUUCAUUGUGAUUUGAAGCCUGGUAACAUUCUUUUAGAUGAAAACAUGGUUGCACAUGUUGGUGACUUUGGUAUAGCUAAGCUACUGGACAGAGAUAAGGCCACUAAACAGACAAAAACCAUGGGCACAGUUGGAUACAUGGCUCCAGAGUAUGGUUCUGCCGGAAUAGUAUCUAGCAUGGGAGAUGUAUAUAGUUUUGGGAUUCUACUAAUGGAAGUAAUCACGAGAAGGAAGCCCACAGAUGAGAUGUUCUAUGGAGACUUCACCAUAAAGAAAUGGGUGUCUGAUUCAUUGGCUAAUGCAAUAAUGGAGAUCGUUGACUCUAAUUUAGUGACAAGAGAAGAAGGUGCAGGGCAAGAAAUAGAGGAGUGCUUCUUGAUGGUGAUGGAAUUAGCUAUGGAAUGCACAUAUGAUUUUCCAGAGGAUAGGAUUAGCAUGGAAGAUGUCAUAGUGAGACUCAAGCAUGCGCUGCACAAAUUCAACCAAAAUGUCUCCAUUGGUUUAGUAAUAAAUUAGUUUGCCAUCUAUUUUAGAUAACAAGAGAAAUUCACAGACACUAUUCAAGAAAAUGCACUGUUUAAAUCCUGUUUUAUGACCCUAAUUGACAAAGGAUUACAAUGAGGUAAAUUAGUCUGUUUCCGAUUGACACGUAGCUCAAUAAUGGCAUAUUUUAUCCUAUUUUGAUGUUAGACGAAUAUUAUUAUUUCCGUGGUGUAUGCAGAAAGCUAAUUAAUAAGCAAAAACUUUUUCAUA